AUGGCUACAUAUACAACUCAAACAGUGUAUACAACAGGUGGUAAUACUCAAACAGUCUAUACAACUUAUCCUCAACAACAACAGGUCAUAUAUACCACACAACAACCCACUUACAUAGUCGAAGACUGUCAUUCACACCACCAUCACCGAGACGAAGCUGCUGAGCAAUGUUGCUUAUUCGCCAUGCUCGGUUGUUUGUGUGGACUUCUGCUCUGCCGUUGA